AUGUCUCACAGCUACCAAAAGAGUCUAUACAAAGAAUUGUUCAAUGAUAGUGUUGAAAAUGAUGACAUUUUUUAUAAAUCAAUCUUCACUACCCCAGUAUAUGAUGAUUUGUUAUUAGGAGUAUUGAGAGAAAACUCUGAAGCUAUUGUUUUAUCAUCGGAUAUUUCUGAGAGAAACUUGGCAAUAUUGAGAAAGAUCUUUACCGCCGGUUUAACUGUUUUGAAAGAUGCCAUUCAAUAUGACGAGAGGGAUGAUAUUGCUGAUAUUUCUACUCAAUUGCCUAAUGGUAAACAGUCAAUGUCAUCUGAAGCUAUACUUGAUAAUGGCGGUGGUGAUAUCACUGAAUUGAAUGGUAAUCUGCUGAAUAAUUCCAGCAGACAAGUGUUAGCAGAGUUUGAUGAUGGUGACGAUUUGACAACUUUAAAUGGUCCAAAACAAAGCCAAGCCACAAGCAAAAAUAAUUCUACACCAAGUUUGACCACUGAAAGAGAAUUUGAAUUCUUGGAUGAUGAACUUAGAGCCCAAUUGAUAGAAAAUUCCAUUAGGAUUUUCCGAGACUGGUUUCAGAAUAUAAUAGAUGUGAAUGACAAAUUUAGGAAAAGAAACGAGGUUUCAGAUCAACAUGAUUUAUGUGUUAAAUUAUUUGAGUCCUUCAAAGAAAAAGAAAAUGUGACGCCAUUAGUUCAGCUUUUGAUCAAGUUGAAAUGGUUUUUAAAUAUUUCUCUUCAAAGAAUUGAAGAUUCUUCACCAGGAGCUCGAUUUUUGAGUUUAACAGCCAUUAAAGAAUCGAUUAAUUUAUUGAAUAGAAUCCUUAGAUCUAUUUAUUCUGGUUUGAGUCAUUUCAAAUCGGCAACCGAUGAGUACAAUGUCUUAAAGAGUUUGCUUUUCUCGUUUUACGAAGUUGAUUUGAGUAACAUUUUGCAACGAAUCAUAAAAAUUUCCAAUCCAACUGCAAAAGAAAAAAAAAAGGAAAAGGAAGAAGAGGUGUACGAUGCACCUAAAGUAAUAUUAUCUGUUGAUACAUUAGUUAAUUUGUACCUUUUGAUUGGUGUAUUGGUCAAUAUUCCUCCAAUAUUUAUCCCGGAUAUCCAAGCCAAUUCGGAUAUUACAGCAUUAUCAACUUCGUUAAAAAAUCCAUACAAGCAAAUUUUUGAUGCAACUUAUGACUGGAAUCUUUUCAAUGAAGAAAUCAAUCUGAAAUUUUUACCAUUUUUCUGUAUGGAAUACAAUUAUUGUUACAAAUUCCGUCCUGACUUGAUGUUGAAUAAGAUUCAGAAUAGUUCACUUAUUAAUUGGCUCAGUGGUAAUAGAUUGAGCUCUGAUCUUUAUGUCAAUUGCUUGACCACUGAUGUUAUUACCAAUUUGCAAGUAAACAACAAGUUGAGUUUAAUAAACAAUGCUACAGAAGAUGUUUACUUGAAGGAGUUACAAGACAUGUACGAACACAAGCUUGCAAGGUUAUCUAUUAGAGGUGCAGAUGAUGAUUCACAUCUUGAGUUGGCAAAGUUAUUACCAGCACUUCUAAAUAUUUACACCCUUUCUGAGAAUCCAAGUUUUGUUAAAGUGUUUACUACACAAAAAUACGACUAUUAUAACGAAUUAGAUACUCGACCAGAAGAUGAAGUUGAGUAUGUUGAAUUAUUUGAAGUAUGGUUAUGUUUGUUGUCGUAUAUUUUUGAAUACCAAUACAGGUCUUCGUUGAUGCAGGAUUUAACUACACUUUCCUUGGCUACGUUGUUCAAUUUACCAUUGGAUUCAUUGCAAAACUUCCAGAUCAAUGAAUACAAAUGGAAAUUAUGUCAUCAAAAGGUACCAUUUGUAUCUCUUAAUACUGGAAAAUUAGGAUAUAAAUCUUCUUUGUUUUAUAUUUUGGAUGCUGUGCAAAACUUGCUCAGAUUUAAUUUAACUUACAAAUUGAAUGUUGGCAACAUUUCAAUGGGGUUGAAUUUGGUGUAUAAUAUUUUGCAAGUUUUCCAAAAUGAUCCUACAAUCGAUUUAUCCCAAUAUGCUUGGGAUGAUUUUCAUUUGAGUUUAUUUGGUAUGAUUAAAUUUUUCAAGAAGCAAAGCUUGAUAAAAUCUAAAUAUGUUACUUUUGAAGAAUUGGGAAGUUUAGUUGAAGACUGUUUAUUGGUUUUGAACUUAUUAUUGCACGGAAGGUUCAAUGAUGUUCAACAGGACACGGGAGAAGAGCCAUCAACAAUCAUGACAAUGUUGGGAUUCUCUAGUUCUAAAUCAAUAAAUUAUGGUUUAGUUUAUAAUAUUUUACUUAACUAUGAAUCCAUCCAAUCCUUGUUGAGUACUUUUGAUUUGAAAUCCAGUACUAAUUUACAGUCGUUGUUCCAUUGUAUGGAAUAUUUUGAUGAUGUCUUUUAUUUAACUGAAGAAUCAAAAUUACAUGCCAAAUUGAACAAAAUUGAUGUUAUUGAUUUUGAUUUUGACUCACUGGAAUUCUUAUCAGCCAUUAAUUCCUUUACCAAUGAGAAACGUGAAAAUGAAUCUUUAGAAUCAUCACUGAAGUCAAAUGGCUCUUCGCCAGUUUACAAGUAUAAAGACACCUUGAAACAUUCAAGCACACUGACAUUAUCGGACCACGAUAUGUUGAACAUUAUUCAAAACGUUUUAUCACAAAAGUUUUAA